UGUGGAGCUGGCAAGUAAGCAAGCAAGUAGGCAAACAAGCGAGCAAUUCGCAUGGCCAAACAACCAAUCGUCCGUUGGUUUCUGUUUUCAGUUGUUUUUCAAACGCUAAACGUGUUGGAUCGUCGCAUGCGAAUACGGAGUAAAGGUGAAAUACGUGUAAGACUUUUUUUAAUGAAAGUGUACUGAAGAAAAAGAGCUUAUAAAUUGUUUUGAAAUUGAUAUUGAAAUAUGUAACACAACAACAACAAAUGUGUUUAAAGUCGAAAUAAGCAAGAUUUUCGCCGGCCAUCAACAAAUGUGUAAAAUAAACAAAACAUAAGUGCAAAAAAAAUACAAUAGAAAAAGAAUUAGAACACCAAAGCUCUUAAAAUCAGUUAAUGAAAUAGCAGGUGAAAAUAACUGUGAAGAAAAAGAAAGAGAACAAAAUUCAAGACUACGCUUCAAAAAGAAAGGAAACUCGAACUAGAAAGGUCAGAAUAAUAGGAUACGAAAAAGUUUGAGGAAUUUCCGUUGUUUUGAAUUUAUUAAACCUCAGCCAAGGUUACACAUCCAAGUGGAACAUCGAAACGGAUAUCAAUAAAUACAUACAUACCAGGCAACGGAAAUAUAUACAUACAUAUAUGUAUACGCUAACUAGUAUAUAGAUUGGCAUAAGAAAAAAUCUGAACAUCAAUAUAUUCAUACAUAUAAAUACAUAUACCGUUAGCAAAUCAUGUCAGCUAAAAGUCAUCCACAAAUGGCACCACCGCCACCACCCCCUAAACCAAACAAAACCGGCGCCGCCAACACCGCCACACUAUACGAAACCUAUGCAGCUAACGGUAAUGGCACAUACACCGCGAAUGGCAACGGAAAUGGUAACGGCAGCGCUAGUGGCAGCCGCAGUGGCAGCAUAUCCUCGUUGACAGACAAUCAGGGCAGUUUACAGCGCCACAGUCAGAACGUCAAUGGUCGCAGUACGUGUCACACGCCACCGCGCACUGAUCGAGAACAGGUCGUAAUGACGCCAAAAGGUAAAACAGCCAACAGUACCGUGAUACUGAUCGAACGGAAAUUGGUGGAUGAGAUAAAUGAGCGCGUCCAUGUGGCGGGUGGCGAUCACACGGGUAUUAUAAUAAAUAAGGAUACGGUGAGUGGACAGAAGAGUGAGAGUGUGCCGGCACAGUUGUCUUUGGAAUUUCGUGUUUUUCUCGUGAGCGCCAAUACCGGCAAGCACUCGCAGGAGUCACGUACACUGCGUUUUUGGUUUCGGCAAUGGUUGCGCAGUGAUGAGAAGCAGGCACAGAUUGCACAGGAUUUCUUCAAGGAGUUGGUCAGCCCGAAAGAUUUUCCAAGAGAUUAUGUUGGAUUCAUUAAGAAAAUUAUGAAAUUACUACAACGUGGUUACGAUGAGAUUCAGUCGUUGGAAAUCGAAUUGCGCAUACUGGAGGAGACAGCCGAGCCACCGUCGCGUCCGCCUCGCGAUGGUUAUAUUAUUUAUUGUUAUGGUGAUUGUAAUCGUAAAUUUGAGGAGGCUCUGCUGGCGCAGCGUAAAACAGUUUCACUGGAGGAAUCACAAAUUGAAUCUCCACCAUUGACGCCGGAAAAGGUGCUCGAGCUAAUUGAACAAGCCUAUCCAAAUCCGAUUACACCAGAAGACUUGGCUAAAGAUUAUGGCUGGGAGGAGCAAGAUGUGCUGCUGGUAUUCAUGUCGCUUAAGGAACGCGGUCUCAUCAAAUCCAUGGAAUAUAAUUCAUAUACAAGAAUACAUCACGAAGACAAAGAGAUUAAGGUCGUUAAGCAAAUGCCCACCAUUGCAUCGAAUAAACAACCAACAAUUGCCAUUAUAACGGCACAGUAUUGUGAGAAGCUCGCUGUGGAUGCUAUGCUAGAGAAUAAGGAGACAUUUGUACGCUAUACAACAGUUGAUACCGAUCCCAAUUUAACAAACACGCUCAGAAAAACUAAAAGAAAAAGAAGAUUUGGCGAAUCGAAUGUUUACACUUUGGGUAAUAUUGGCGCUCAUCGUAUUGUCAGCACGAAGUUACCUUCGGUUGGCAGUACACGCGAAGCUAUGACCGCUACGGGCAAUACAACGACACGUCUACUCGGCACAUUCCAAAAGGUCGACUAUGUCUUUGUGGUGGGCGUGGCCGGUGGUGUGCCACAUUAUACGGAUUUUAAAAAGCAUGUGCGGCUAGGUGAUGUGGUCAUCUCGUAUGUGGAUAAACAGCGUGCGUUGUUGAGCAAAAACGAAAAACCCUAUGUCUAUAUCUACAAGAGUGGUGAAGAUGUGAAAACCUAUUUCCCCAUUAACGACUCGCUCCAACAAAUCGCCGAAGGCCUGCAAGCUAAUAUGGAAGUAAAACGUCCUUGGGAUACAUAUCAGCGCGAAGGUUUAGCAUCGCUAAUGCAGAAAACCGAAAGCGACUUCAAUCGUCCCUCCGUCAAUACGGAUAAGCUUUUCAUGAAUAUUGGCAAUAAUGAGGUUAUCGAGGUAGCACAUCCCAUAGCCAUGGAUUCUGUGGAUGGUGUGCCACGUUCACGCCUACAUCUCGGUCCGAUUGGUUCCGGGCGUGAUCUGGUGCGUAGCGACAAUUCGCGUAUGGACUUCGCCAAGAAAUAUGGUUUACUCGCCACAGAUGUGGAGAUGAGCUCGGUGCUGGACAGUAUCAUAGGCAAUUGCAGAGAGAGCUUUAUAUUGGUGAAAGGUAUUUCCGAUUACAAGGACGGCAUGUCGACACGGAAAUGGCAAAAUUACGCUUCGCUGGCAGCAGCAGCUGUUGUCAAGUCGAUCAUUUGUGGCAUGGAUGCGCCAACAAAUGUUUAAUUAACCAGCAAUUAAUGAUUAAGCUAAAUUAUGUAAUAUUAAAACUAAAAUAAUAAUAAUAAAUUUCUAUUAAUAUAGCGCAAAGUAAAUUAUUUUAUAAAGCACAUAAUUAAUAAAAAAAUAUAAUCAAUUUGUAAAAUAUUUAAGUGAAUUGAAGAGGAGAGCAUUUAGAUUUCUUUAUACCGACUUGAUGAAAUGAUACAUACAUAACUUAUGUAUAUACAUAUGUACGAAUUACCAUGUUUAUUAGAUAUAUACUUACAUACCGACA